AUGAAGCUCACCGUUCCCCUAACGGCAGCAGCUCUGCCUCUGGCGGGCGCAGCCGUCAUCCAACCCCGUACACUCAACGUCACCGACCUCGAGCACUAUUGGUCCUACGGCCGCUCAGAACCCGUCUAUCCCACGCCCGAGACCCAAGGUCUAGGUGACUGGGAGGAUGCCUUCACCAAGGCCAAAGCCCUCGUGGCCCAGAUGACCGACGAGGAGAAGAACAACAUCACCUACGGCUACUCCUCCACCACCAACGGCUGCUCCGGCAACACGGCGGGCGUCCCUCGGCUGGGCUACCCCGGCAUCUGCCUGCAGGAUGCCGCCAGCGGCGUCCGCGGCACCGACAUGGUCAACGGCUACGCGUCCGGCUUGCACGUCGGCGCCUCGUGGAACCGGGAGCUGGCCUACCAGCGCGCGCAGUACAUGGGCGCCGAGUUCAAGCGCAAGGGCGUCAACGUGGCCCUGGGCCCCGUGGCCGGGCCCCUGGGCCGCAUCGCGCGCGGCGGCCGCAACUGGGAAGGGUUCAGCAACGACCCGUACCUGGCGGGCGCGCUGACGGGGGACACGGUCCGCGGACUGCAGGAAUCGGUCAUCGCGUGCGUCAAGCACCUGAUCGGCAACGAGCAGGAGACCAACCGCAACAGCCCGCAGAUGCUGACGGGCUCGCACAACAACUCGGUCUCGUCCAACAUCGACGACAAGACCAUGCACGAGCUGUACCUCUGGCCGUUCCAGGACGCCGUCAAGGCGGGCGCCGGCUCCGUCAUGUGCAGCUACAACCGCAUCAACAACAGCUACGGCUGCCAGAACAGCAAGACCAUGAACGGCCUGCUCAAGGGCGAGCUGGGCUUCCAGGGCUUCGUCGUCUCCGACUGGAGCGCCCAGCACACGGGGCUGGCCAGCGCCGACGCCGGCCUGGACAUGGCCAUGCCCUCCUCCGAGUACUGGGACAGCAACCAGCUGGCGACGGCCGUGGCCAACGGCUCCCUCGCCGCGACCCGGCUGGACGACAUGGCCACGCGCAUCGUCGCCGCCUGGUACAAGUACGCCGAGCUGGAAGACCCGGGCCACGGCAUGCCCGUCAGCCUGCUGGAGCCACACACCCUCGUGGACGCGCGCGACCCGGCCGCCAAGGAGACCAUCUUCCAGGGGGCAGUCGAGGGCCACGUGCUGGUCAAGAACACGAACCAGGCCCUCCCCCUCUCGUCGCCGCGCUUCCUCUCCCUCUUCGGCUACGACGCCGUCGCCGCCCCGCAGAACACGAUGGACGAUCUCUCAUGGAGCCUGUGGGCGAUGGGCUGGACGAACACGCAGACCUACCCCAACGGCAGCGCGGUCGACCCGACGAUGCUGAAAUACAUCUUCCUGUCGAGCGCCGACCCGACCGCGACGGGGCCCGGGAUCGCCCUGAACGGCACCAUGUACACCGGGGGCGGGUCCGGGGCGAGCACGCCCUCGUACAUCGACGCACCCUUCGACGCGCUGCAGCGCCAGGCCCGCGCGGACAACACCUUCCUGGCGUGGGACUUCACCUCGCCUGCCCCGCUCGUCAACCCGGCCAGCGAAGCAUGCCUCGUCUUCAUCAACGCCGCCGCAGCGGAGGGCUGGGACCGCCCGGCCCUGAGCGACAGCUACUCGGACAAUCUGGUGCAGCACGUCGCCUCGCAAUGCAACAACACGAUGGUCAUCAUCCACAACGCAGGCAUCCGACCCGUCGACGCGUGGAUCGAGCAUCCCAACAUCACGGCCGUGAUGUACGCCCACCUGCCGGGCCAGGACAGCGGCGCCGCGCUGGUCGAGGUGCUGUACGGCAAGCAGUCGCCCUCCGGCCGACUGCCGUACACGGUGGCGCGCAACGCCAGCGACUACGGCGCCCUGCUGGGCCCGACCCUGCCGUCCGCCGCCAAAGACAAGACAGAGAUCUACUACCCGCAGGACGAUUUCAGCGAGGGCGUGUACAUCGACUACAAGCACUUCGAAGCCCGAAACAUCACGCCGCGGUUCGAGUUCGGCUUCGGCCUCACCUACGCGAAUUUCACCUACAGUAACCUCGUCGUCACCACCCCCACCACGGCCGUGACGAGCUACACCCCGCCCGAUAUCACCGCCGCCACCGUCGCGGAGGGCGGCCUCCCCUCCCUCUGGGACGUGUUGGUGGCCGUCUCCUGCACCCUGGAGAAUACCGGGGCUGUGGCCGCCAAGGAGGUCGCGCAGCUGUACGUGGGCAUCCCCGGCGGGCCGGCGAAGGUGCUGCGCGGGUUCGCGAAGGAGCUGGUCGAGCCGGGCCAGACGAAGGAGGUUACCUUCCACUUGACGCGCAGGGAUCUGAGUACCUGGGACGUGGUGGCGCAGAGCUGGGUGUUGCCGCGCGGCGAGUAUGGGUUGUUUGUGGGGAAGAGUGUGGCGGAUGUGCAGUUGACGGGGUCGGUGAGCUUUUAG